AUGAGUGGGGUGGACUUAGAUAGUCUUGAGUAAAUAUACAAGAUCAAUGAAUUACAGCAGCUUCCACUCAACGAACUUAGAGACUUGUAUAAAAGGGCUAUUGAUGAAUUGAUGGAAGAGAAAAUUAAAUAUGAGGAGUAUGAGCUGACGAGUAAGGAAUAUGAAUUAGAACUAGAAACUUAGAACGAUUAAAACGUGAAGAGGGUAGAUGAAUUAGAAGGAGAAAACGAUAAACUUAUAAGAGAAUUGGAUAAAAUUAGAAAUAAAUAUGAAAAUGAUCGAAAGGAGCUCGUUAAGAUGGAAAAGGAAAAUGAACAACUUAAGAAGUAAUUAACCCAGACAAAUGAUAAUACCAAAAUUUAUUUUCAAAAACUAAAAAAUUUGGAAAUAGACAAUGAGCACCUAGGCAGAGAUUUGAGGGUUUCAGAAUAAAUUAUUCAGGACUUAGAAUAAAAAUUAGACUCAUAAAUUGAGGAAUUAGCAUUACUGUAAUCAGAGCUAGAAGAAUAUAAAUCACAUAGUUAGGAGUAACUUGAGCGUUUAAAAUAACAAUUGGAUGAGACAAAUACAGAACUUUAAGUUAAAGAAAGGGAUUUAAAGAAGCUUAAAUUGCAAAAACUAAUGCUUGAGACAAAUGGGAUUGGAAUGCCUCACUAACAGAAUAAAAAUAAUGGGUCUUUUAUUGAUAAUAAUGGUUAAAACUAAACUUAAUAAUAGUAUGUAUCAAUGAAGACUAACUAGCCUGUAAGAUUAAGUUAAGGUAAAACUGGAAAUGUCCUCAAUAAAUUGACAACUCAUGACUUUACCAGUAGAAAUAGUACUAAUAGAGACAGAUCGAAUACUUAUUAGACUUAACAUGCUCAAACUCAUCAUGAUGAUGAAGGUACUGAUAUGUUUGAGAGAGCAGACCAUUUUGAUGCCAGUAAAAGACCUGAAUCUGCUAGGUACUAGCAACCUGGUAGGAGCAGUCUAUUAAGUAACUCUAAUAUUGGAGGAGGAACAGGAAUAUUUAGCUAAACUCACUAAAAUUUUAAUCUGGUAGAUGGUUAAUAAUCUCCUGUUAAAGAAGAAUAAGAUUCCACCUCAAAAGGAUCAAAAGCAUUAGAUGAAAACCCAAGUCUCAAUUAGAAAGAUUUUGACCAAGAAUAAGAAUAAUCAUAAGAUUAUUAGCAAAAUUAAGAUAGUUAUCUUGAUGAAAGUAUUCACAGACUUGAAGAUGAGGAAGGUUAGGAACCAACCCAUCAUAAUGAAAGUCAAGAAAUAAAAUCAGUUGAGGUUUUGCAAGUUGAAGAUAAUCAGGAUCAAAAUGCAUUUAACAGCGAUGAAUAAAUGUUCUAGCCUGUAUCUGAUGUAAAAUUACAAUUUGAAAAUGAAGUUUUAAAUAAUAAUCAAAAUCUUCAAGCACCCCAAUAAUUCAUCGUUGUCAAUCGUAAAUCAAAUACCUUUAUCGAUUCAAGCACACAAUAAAUUCACUAGAUCCAUGAAUCUAAAGUUGAGGAAAAAAAGUAGAAGCAUUUUUUCAAUCAAGAAAAUCUUGGUCCAUAUAUCAAUGGUCAUUCUUAUGGUGCAGCCUUGAAUCUAAUGGCUAACAAUGAAUUUGAUGAUAAUCUUUUGACUGUAGAUCUCGAUAUUGAAGAGCUUCUUGAAUGUGAUGAUAUUGAAUAGACUGCUUUUAUCAAUUCAUCCAAAUAGCUCUUGAGUGUGAUAGACAAUGUAAUUAACUGCAUUGAUGAUAGAAUCAAUAGCAAGAGACAUAACUUUUACGGUAAUGGAGCAAACGGAUAUUAUGCUAAUGCCAAUGCUGGACUCGGAUAUGCUCAGGAUGAAUAUGGACUAGGUAGCUUUUCAUAGAAGAACGCCUUCAUAGGAAUGAAUACUUAAGGAGGUUACCAUAAGCAUCAAAGUCAAUCUACUUACUUAAAUAUGGCAACAGGAGGUUAAAGUAGCAAUAAAAACCUUGAUAGCAGAAAUAUUAUGAUGAGAAGUGGAGCUAUUGAUGGAAGAAGUACUGGAGCUGCUGAUAAUUUUGAUAAGACUAGGAAAAUCUCUGUGUUAUACUGA